AUGCCGCAGGUCAACGAAGGUGCGUGCGUCGGCCAGCUCAAGCUCCUUGCUACUUCCCAGGCGCGUCGGAUCCAUGACGCGUUGCAGGCGCCGCUAGCUGUCGAUCAGAUGCGCGCGGUGGCAAAUUCCAGCGAGCUCCUGAAGUAUGUCAAGACAGGACUCAAGGAGUUUGCAGGCACUCCCGAGUGGAGUCCUGGCAAUUUAGCUGUUUCCUUGACAGCGGGGCGUCGCCGGCAGCGCCCGUUCGCGAGAGGGGUUCGCGAGAAAUGCAUGAAGGUUUUCUCGCGUAUGAUCUCCGGGCUGAAGGCCGUCGAGUCCUUCGUGCUCCGCGUGCUCGAGGGCAGGCCAGCCGCACUGACGGCAACGAUCAGGUCGAUGAUGAAGGAGGGGUCGAACGACCCGGAGGCGAUCCCCAAGGGGAUCGGCAUGAAGAAGCGCGCGGCCGAGAUGCCGAAGGUCGGAAUGCUCGAGGGGCCGAGCGUCGCGAGCGUGAUCCCCACAGUGUCGCGAGCGGAGAGCGGCACGGCGGAGCAGGUGAGCGAGAGGGCGAAUUCGAGAGUGCAGGCGUCGGACGUCGCGGGCGUGCCUCCCGAUGGGUUGCGAGAGGAGGGCGGCAUGACGGAGCGGGUGGCAGAACGAUCGAUGAUCAGACACAAGGAGGACUCGAACGUCGCGCACAUGACCCUCCACUCAUCGCGAGACGAGAGCGGCGUGGCGGAGCGGGUGGCCGAGAUGGCGGCAGUCAACAUGCAGGCAACGCCCAGCCCGACACCUGGUGCAAUUCCCAUUCCGACGGUCAGCCCAACGCCCAAACCGACUGCCCAGCUCGGCGCAGUGGCCGUGGCAUUCGGCCCAGCCAGUGGCGCACGGCUCGCGCGACGCCGGCUUCGCCAGUGGCUCGGCUUCUCCGUCUCGCUGCUGGCGUUUCCGAGGCUGGGAGCCGGGCAGAAGCCGGACAUUCCGCAGACGCCGGCUGCGCUUCCAACUGGCAGCCGCCAUAUGACGUUGAUGACGAACUCAACCGUCGAACAUGUCAAUGGCCGCCGGAUGGCAGUUGCGUGUGGUACUGGGUAUCGCGACACGUGCGACGGCGCGGAAAAUGCAUGGGAAUGCGGCGAAGAUUGUGAGAGUGGCGCACCUUACACAACCCACCAAUGCAUUUGCUGCUGCCAGCUGGUUGUGCCGACGCCACAACCGACGCCCAGCCCGACGGACGCAGGAUUCUCUUACGUCCAGUGGAAAUCCGCGGGGCAGUGUUGCAGAAAUGAUCACAUUCAAUUAAGUGGAAACUCCUACGCAACGACUCCUGCAGAGUGUGCACCGCUGUGCGAUGAAGAUCCUGCAUGCCUGUAUUUCGACCAUUCAACAGAGUGGAGCAACUGCAAUACGUGCGCAGACUGCGAUGAUGACUACAGUCAUGAAUCGAAUUACGCCUUGUAUACGUCUUGGGCAAAGGCGCCAACUCCGGCACCACCACAGAAGCUGAUGCUGUAUCUGGCGGGGUCCUACUGCGAGAUUCGAACUGUGCUGUACGAGGGCGAAUACUCCAGCGGCCCGAUGCUGGACGAGUGCCACGACGCAGCCCUGGCCGAGAGUAGCUGUGGGGACCUAGUCCUUUCCAACGCUCCCCACGGUGACCGGGCGGUGAACGGGAAUCAUCGACUGCUGUGCUUUUGCGCCGAUUCGACGACCUGCAGCCCGCUAUUCUCCACCGUGGGCCUCAACAUCUACCAAUCUGAUGUUGCAACGCCAACGCCGCCGACAGCAACAGAGGCGGCACUGCUGGUCUACGCUGCAGGGGCUUUCUGCUCCACCAGUUACCACUCUCUUGGCAAUGUCGACACGGUGGAGCAGUGCGUGGGCACAGCGCUGGCAGACAGCCGGUGCGGAGAUCUCAUCCAUACGGACGCUCCCCACGGGUACUAUGGCAGUCAGCCAGAAUGCUAUCCAAGAGUUCUUCGGCGUUGUGCACUGUCGAAGCCUCCAGCGCACUAUACAACAUCUACCAGUACACGGUGGUGCCGACGCCAGCGCCCGCAUCCGCGCCAACGCCAGCGCCGAUCCCCACGGCCAUGCCAUCACCAACGCUGGUACCGACGCCGGCAACAGUGCCUGCGCCUACUCCGUCACUAA